AUGAUCAACGCCUCUGGUCUCCCGCGUGACACCAAUGCCCUGGUUAGUCGCGGGGGCGGUAUUCACGUGCCUCCCGAAGUGAUUGCCAGUUGGCCGACUCCCAAUUACAUCUCUCCAGAGGAAAGGACAUGGGGCGCCCCAGCAGCUCUGUCCAUUUUGUUGGUGGUAACGCUUCUCGUCUAUGUCGCCCGCAUGUGGGCACGACUGACCAUGACCAAAAACGCUGGUGCUGAUGAUGCUGUUGUAAGCAUAUCGAUGAUACCCUUGAUAGGACUAUCGAUUGCCACAAUUCUCGGCGUGAAGAUUUAUGGCUUCCAAUGGCAUAUGUGGGAUCAAACACCGACAACAAAGAACACAACAACAUACGUCACCAUGGCAAUCGAACUCACUUACUUGCUUUCCACGACGCUGAUCAAAAUUUCAAUCUUGCUCUUCUACCGCCGGCUGACUGGCUCCUCAACUACCAGAUUUAUAUACCUAGUAUGGGUAUGCAUAGCGGCUUGCAUUCUGUAUUUCUUCACUUUUAUUAUUCUUAUUUUCUUCACCUGCUCUGUAGCUGUUGGACGAAAGGAUUGUGCCGAAGAAGGACCAUUCAUAGUCUCUGUCACGGCUGUUUCAACCGUGCAAGACCUUGUUAUCUGCCUGCUUCCUGCUAUCCUUAUCUAUAAGCUUCAAAUGCCCAAGCGCCAGAAGCUCGCAGUCUGUGGCAUUUUUGGCUUGGGUCUUGUGACCACGAUCUGUGGUAUCAUGAGAUUAUAUUAUGCAAUUUAUCUUUACUAUUUCACAUACGAUGCGACAUGGUACGCCUAUUAUGGCUGGAUUUGGACCGUACUCGAAGCCGACCUAGGCUUGAUCUGUGCGUCAGCUCCAACACUUCGAGUCUUUUUCCGCCACUCUUUAGGCUCGACGUCUUCACAUACCAGUGAUCCGCGAUCUGGGGCCAAUAACCCAUCUUCUGGUGUUCUGUCGAAUAAAGCAACCCACUCGAGGCCGAUAACGUGGAAUGGUGGGAGCAAAGAUGUGGAAUCUGAAGGAGAGAACAUUUACUUAGACAGUAUAAAGGUCGAGCGGGGCUUGAGCAGCAGGAUCGACGCAAGGGACGAUGCAAGCCAGAAGAGUGAUUCCAGCACCCGAAAUCUUACAACAAUAAUCCAUGGGCCUAUGUCGAAGUAA